UGCAGCUCUGAGUGUCUGACCACGACCUUCAUAUUCAUUUACGAGGACCGCCAUCGGACCAAUACACGGACGAACUCCGCAUGCGAAAAUGGGGUUUCUAUGGACGAUGGUGGAGCUCUUAAUCGCCCUCAUUUUGAUCGCGGUCUUUGUUCUAGUUUCAACAAUAUUUUUCGAAGCUUAUCGAAGAAGAAACAACCACACGCAUGUCGAAGCUACCGCAGUCUUCGAGGACCCUAAUUCGUUAAAACAGGUUCCUUGCCCCCAUAUUUCUGAUCCAGCAGAGAAGUAUAUAUCUUUGAUAAUCCCUGCAUACAAUGAAGAGCAUAGACUUCCGGGAGCUCUUGAGGAAAUGGUAAAUUAUCUUCAACAACGUGCAGCGAAGGAUAAGUCGUUUUCUUAUGAGGUGGUGAUUAUUGAUGACGGAAGUGCAGAUGGGACAAAAAGAGUAGCUUUUGACUUUGUAAGGAAAUACACUGUAGACAAAGUGAGAGUUAUCCUUCUCGGUAGAAAUCAUGGGAAGGGAGAAGCAAUUAGAAAAGGAAUGCUUCAUUCACGUGGUGAACUGCUUCUAAUGCUGGAUGCUGAUGGAGCAACCAAGGUUAAUGACCUUGAAAAACUUGAAGAUCAGAUCCAUGCUUUUGCCAGAAAGGAGGGUAAUUAUGGAGAUUCAGCAUCUAGAAAUGCGAGUUUUCGUAUAUCUGAUAUCCCAAUUGCUGCAUUUGGCUCACGUGCUCAUCUAGAGGAGAAGGCUCUGGCUGCAAGGAAAUGGUACCGCAACUUUUUGAUGAAGGGUUUCCACCUUGUGGUUCUCUUGACUGCGGGUCCUGGAAUUCGCGACACACAGUGUGGGUUUAAGAUGUUCACUCGGGCUGCUGCAAGGAAGCUUUUCAAAAACAUCCGUUUGAAGAGGUGGUGUUUUGAUGUUGAGUUAGUGUUUCUAUGCAAGUGGUUUAAUAUCCCAAUGAUUGAGAUAUCUGUGAACUGGUCUGAAAUUCCUGGAUCCAAGGUGAAUCCAUUGAGCAUACCCAAUAUGCUUUGGGAGCUUGCACUCAUGUCUGUGGGAUAUCGAACCCGUAUGUGGACAAUUCGUACUUGAGCUUUCACGUCGGAGUUCAUCUUGAACAGGCAAUGUGGUCUUGCUUUCUUCUCACGAUCUACUGCAAUACCAGCGAAAGAAAAGUGAUGCACCUGAUUAGGUAGUAGGGUAUAACACUAUACAUCUCUUCUUUCAAGAAUGUUUGCAUUGAGAAAAUUUACACAUUUUUUCGAGCUUAUUUAUGCAAAGCCACGAAUUUACCAACGGCUUUGCCAUGUGAAACUAAUGUGCUUGAAUUGAGUAGUACGUGUAGUAAUAAUUGGAGCCCAUGUUAUAUA